GUCGGGGCCCGGGCCGCCGCUGCCACCUCCUCGGCCGCCGCCAUCACCUUGUUCCUCACCCCUCACCAUGGCAGAAGAGCUCUUCGCGGCCACUUCCUACACCGAAGACGAUUUCUACUGUCCCGUCUGUCAGGAGGUGCUCAAAACGCCUGUGCGAACCGCGGCCUGCCAGCACGUGAGUGGAGGUAACAAGUUCUGUCCUGAGGACUGGGCCAAGAUGUGUCACUAACACUGAAAGUUGAAGAACAAGGAGCUUAGUUUCUGUAGAAAAUGUUUCCUGACUGCAAUGAGAGAAAGUGGAAUACACUGUCCCUUGUGUCGUGGAAAUGUGACUAGAAGAGAAAGAGCAUGUCCAGAACGAGCCUUAGAUCUUGAAAACAUCAUGCGGAAGUUUUCUGGUAGCUGCAGAUGUUGUGCAAAACAGAUUAAGUUUUAUCGUAUGAGACAUCAUUAUAAAUCUUGUAAGAAGUAUCAGGAUGAAUAUGGUGUUUCUUCUAUCAUUCCAAACUUUCAGAUUUCUCAAGAUUCUGUAGGGAACAGUAAUAGGAGUGAAACAUCCACAUCUGAUAAUACAGAUACUUACCAAGAGACUACAAGUUCUUCUGGGCAUCCCACCUUUAAGUGUCCCUUAUGUCAAGAGACCAAUUUUACCAGACAACGCUUACUGGAUCACUGUAAUAGUAACCACCUAUUUCAGAUAGUACCUGUGACAUGUCCUAUUUGUGUGUCUCUUCCUUGGGGAGAUCCUAGCCAGAUUACUAGAAAUUUCGUUAGUCAUCUAAAUCAAAGACAUCAAUUUGAUUAUGGAGAAUUUGUGAAUCUUCAGCUAGAUGAGGAAACCCAGUAUCAAACUGCUGUUGAAGAAUCUUUUCAAGUAAACAUCUAACAUCUGUAGUCCUCUGCAUCUUUGUACCUGCAAGUGCCAUCUUGAAGGGGGAAAAUUACAUGAAGUCAUCGUUUCAAUAACUUGAUGUGUAUAUUAAUAAAAGUACUUCAAUCUAUUUAAGUUUUUUAAUUAAAAAAAUAAAGGUGGGCCACCUAAAGUUUUUAUUUUAUCCUCUUGAUACGUAUAAAAAAAGGAAAGUUACAUUAUUACUUUAAAAGCAUGAAAAAGAUUAUAUUUCACUAAUGUAGUGGUAGAAGGGAAUCCCUGUUGUACUUUAUCUUUUUUGAUAUUACAUGUGAUUGGAUUUUUCAUUGCUGUGUUGCUUUUGAAAUUUGGUGUAGUUCCUUCCAUACGCUUUUAUGUACACAAGCAACAGUAGCAAAUUCUGAAAGAUGCUAUUGAUGUAAACCUAACAAAUCUGAGCCAGUUGUCAGAGUUGCAGAAUGGAAACUUGAAGCGCUAAAUGGAAUAACCCAAAGGAAAUUUUUAAAAAUACAUUCUAGAAUUCAACUAUGAAAAAAAUUGUAUUUAUAUAACAUUUAGUAUUUUUGAAAACUAGUGAGAUUUUUCUUUAGCAACUAAAAUUUUAAAAAUACAUUUCUUUGAUGGGCAGCAGGUCAUUUCAAUCUUAUUUGACUAAUUGGAAGCCUGAUGUAUCCCAAGCUGUAUAACAGCUCUUUGGUCUCAGAACCUUCAAAUAGCCAGUGUUUCUCAAUAAGUAAGAUGAGACUUACAGUAGAAACUUUCAGGUGGUAAUAUAUUCUAUAGACAAAUAAGAUGUUUAAAGAAAUUCAUUCAAAGCUAAAGAUAUAUAUGCAUACAUUUUUGUAUGUAUACAUAUAUACAUUACAUAUAUAUCUUUGCAUGCAAUUUGUCAGGUUACAUACAGAAUUUCUAUUAAGGAUUUUAAAAAUGGAAAAGCAAUAUAGGAUUGAAGUGUUUAUCUGACUUGAUUAAAAUUUUAUAUGUCACUGAAUUUUUAAAAUGUAACAAAUGUUAAAUGGAAUAGUUGGCUGCUUACAUCUUAAAAAUUGAGUUUACACACUGUUACCUGUAUUGUGGUGCUCAUUUGUUACUCCCAAAAAUAAUGUGCAACUGGUAAGUUUUUACCAGUCACUGUUUCACUACUUUUUAGUCAAAAUGAAAUUUGUUCUUAGUAUUCAGUAAUGGAAUCCUAAAGUAUUUGGUGGAAGGGCCACAUUACAGAAUAAAGGAUGAAGAGUGGAUCUGCUGACAUUCCAUAACUAAUAUACAAUGUUUUAUGCUUUCAUUAAAAUAAAUAACUAAAAAAAAAACUCAGAAGUAGUUUGCUGCUAAUAUAUACAUAUAUUUUAUAAAAUGAUAUAUUUUGGUUCUUUUAAAACCCUUGUUGACUUUUCUACAGUGAACAAUUUUUUUUAAACUUGAUUUAAUAAAAGUGUUAACCUUUUCAGUCAAA